CCCACUUUCAAUACAAUUUUGCGGAGUAAUUUUCUUAUAUAAAUUCUCUCUCCUCCUCUUCUUAGUUCUUACCCCCACCUCUUCUUGAAGAAGGAACCAACCCAUUUCCAGAAUCUCUUUUAAGGCUGCUGUUUGUUGCUCUUCUUGUUUACCUCUGCCACUCCCACUUACUCAUACCUUUAUUUCUACUGAUUUUCUGCUUUAAAGUUUUCAUUUUUUGAAGAAAAAAUGUAUGCAGAAACAGGUUUAAUGUAUCCAUAUUUCCAGAAGUUAUCUCAGGAAAUUCAGCCAUUAGAGGAGCUUUGUUGUUACUCUCAAGAACCCACUUCUUCACUGGACAGCAUCAUUACAACCUCUACAAUCUCAGACUAUGAUUUGGGAGGCGAAGGGGAUCUCUUCAAAGCACCCGAGCCCAUAAUUGAAGAGCCAAUUGGGAGCCUCGAUCCUAUGACAGCAGCUAUUGCUAUGAUCUCUUCUGUGGAAGAUUCUGGGCUCAAAGUUAGUGACAUGGAAUCCCUGCAAAAUGAGCAACUUUUGUGUGACGUUUUUGAUGGAUGCCAAAAUGAACUGUUGGAGAAAACUACAUCUAUGGAAACUGCUGUCUCUGAUGUUCUGGACAUCAAAUUUCCUCUCAUGAUGACAAAUGAGGUCCAAACUGAAGAAAACAAAUCACUUCCUGCCUUGCCCUUUUCAAAAAGUGGUAGCUCGGGGUCUUUAAACUCAAUGGAAUGGGUAAGUAGCGCCGCAAUCAGGCCAAAUUUCUUAGAUUUUCCUGAACUGGAUUUUGGAGCUGCUUAUGGGAUGAGGAGGGCAUUCAGUGAAGGAGACAUAAAGACUCUAGCUAAUGGCAAUGUUAGUCUCAUCCAAUCUACACUCCAGCGGCCACUGCUGAUUGGCAGUUGCACUUCUGAAGAUCGCCUGCAGAAGCUUUCCAGAUACAGAAACAAGAGGUCAAGGAGGAACUUUGGCCGGAAAAUCAAGUAUGCCUGCAGGAAGGCUCUAGCUGACAGUCAGCCAAGGAUUCGCGGAAGAUUUGCAAAGACUGAAGAUCCUGAUUGCAAGAAGCAAUGAGUAACAGAACAACAGAUCUUACCGAGCAAAUGUAGGAAAGAACAUAGAGAUAGACGACUUUUGGAAAAUAACAGCCUUAGAAUCGGUAGUGGUCUAAAGGAAUAGCAUCUAUGAAGUAUAUGAUACACCUAUAUAUCAGGGUUUGCCUAAUAAGUGUUAGACCACUAACCCUUGAAAAAAAGGAAAGUAGUAGGUAAUCUUUUAAUUGUUGUGAUAAAUUCCUUUCUAGUUUUAGCAUAAUUAGCUGCUUAGCUUAGAUUUGUACAUAGGGAAUGAAAUAAGGCUUACGAUGCUAAUACCCGGUUACUAUCAGCGUGUAUCAGUGAAUGAAAAUGUCUCUUGUUACUAGCUCUUUUCUGUUA